CUUCGCGUUCAAUAGGUUUUCGUCAUCUAGAUCUCGUUCCAUACAGUAAUGGCGAAUUUCACCAGCAUGUUGAUGAAUCCAUGGGUUCUUCAUCUCCAGAAGCUCGGUUUAGAGCUCAAGUGCCCUCUAUGCUUGAAAUUGCUUAAUCUGCCAGUGUUGCUUCCUUGUGACCACAUCUUCUGCGGUUCAUGUAUUCAUGAAUCGUCACAAGUUGAAUCAGGCUGUCCUAUUUGCAAAUCCAAACACCCUAAGAAGGCUGGGAGGAAUCUGCAUUUCAUGGAGACUGUUAUAAGCAUAUACAAGAGCUUGGACGCAGCUGUUCAUCUCCCACAGUUACAGAUCCAGAACACUUCCAAUAGCUCACAAGACGGUGGAUAUGAGGAUUCUGAGAUGACUGAUAAGGAUGUGAUCAAGGGCAAUGGUGGUGGUAGUGACUCCUCUAGUCUUGAUGGUUCUCCCCUUCCAGCCUCUGAAUCAGACAACUCUGGCAAUCAGACACCGGAAAGUCAGAAAGGACCAGCUGCUAAAUGUCUGGGUGGCAUCACUGCUUCUGAGCAGUUUUGCAAUGCUGCGAGGAAGCGGAUUUGUGUGGAGUCAUUUAGUCAUGAUGAUUCUACGCUUCCAAAGUCAAAAGAAAGUACCCCAAAUCUGAUAACUCAGCAGUCACAUGAACAUGUAAAACCACAGAAACAUCAGUUACCUGAAAGCCAUACAGAACAUGCUGCAAAGAGGAAGUGUGACGUCAACUCGUCAGAAGGAAUGGGAAAUCAUCACAAGGUGCCCAAGAAGCAGAAGAAUAUGUUGCAAAAAGCUGCUGAUAAUGACUUCAAGAACAACUAUACUGCAAACUCUGAUGAUCAGCUGAUCGAGAAUACCUCAAAGUCAUCAGAUUUGACCCCAUCUUCACUUUCAACUCAACCAUCAUCCAACAUAACCAUAUGUGGAUUCUGCCAAUCUGCUAGGGUAUCUGAGGCCACUGGAGAAAUGCUGCAUUACUCCAGAGGAAAUCCGGUGGCUGGAGAUGACAUCUUCCGCUCCAAUGUUAUCCAUGUCCACAACGCAUGUAUUGAAUGGGCACCUCAAGUUUACUACGAAGCUGAGACAGUGAAGAACCUGAAAGCAGAGCUGGCUAGGGGAAUGAAAAUCAAGUGCACCAAAUGUAAUCUGAAAGGGGCAGCCUUAGGCUGCUAUGUGAAGUCUUGCCGCAGGAGCUACCAUGUUCCCUGUGCACGGGAGAUGUCCAGAUGCCGGUGGGAUAAUGAAGAUUUUCUUCUGCUUUGUCCUGCUCAUUCUUCAGUCAAAUUCCCAAGCGAGAAGUCGAGACCUCGUCGUUGUCUACCUAAAGCUGACCCCUUAGAGGAAACAAAAACUGACGAACUUUGUUCGCUGGAAAACAAAUCGGCAGUGACAAAAGACCUUGUUCUGUGUGGAUCAGCACUAUCUCAAGAUGAUAAGCGCUUGAUGGAAAAGUUAGCUGCUAAACUCAAUGCGACAAUAUCAAGAUACUGGAACCCAAGUGUUACACAUGUGAUUGCUUCUACAAACGAGAAAGGAGCUUGCACAAGAACCUUGAAGGUUCUCAUGGGUAUUCUCAAUGGGAAGUGGAUCAUCAAUGCAGAUUGGAUUAAAGCAAGCUUUGAAGCUUCUCAACCUGUUGAUGAAGAACCAUAUGAGAUUCACAUUGACACUCAAGGAUGUCAAGAUGGACCAAAAACUGCAAGACUCAGAGCAGCAUCUAAUAAACCAAAACUCUUUGAUGGCUUGAAAUUCUAUUUCCAUGGAGAGUUCUUCAAAGGGUACAAAGAAGACCUUCAAAACCUAGUCAAAGUAGCUGGUGGUACAAUCUUGAAGACAGAGGAUGAUCUUAGCUCAGAAAACAACAACAAUGUCAGUGACAGUGACCAAAGAUCAUCAACUCUUGUGGUGUACAACAUUGAUCCUCCACCAGGAUGUGGCUUAGGUGAAGAAGUGACAAUUAUAUGGCAGAGAGCAAAUGAAGCAGAAGCUUUAUCAAGCAAAACAGGGUCAAGGGUGGUUGGUCACACAUGGCUCUUGGAGUCCAUUGCUGGUUAUAAGUUACAUCCUAUGAUCAGCUAACUUAAGAUUUAAAAAAAAAAAAAUGUUUCAGUUACAUCACACCUUAUAUGUAAGAUUGUUAUAACUUGCAAGUUACAUCCUAUGACAUUUAUUUAAAAUAAUUUGUAAAACAAAAAUAAAAGAUAAUUUCAACGUUUUUU